UACAAAGAACAAAACGUUUUUAGUAAUUUUUUCUUAGGCUAUGGCGAAGAAGAAGAAGAUUUCUUACAUUUCUGUCCCUUCUCAGAUAAUAAGCUCCUUAUCUUCAUCUUCUCUCCAAUCUCUUCUCGUUUCUCCCACAAAAAAAUCUUCAUCUUUUUCUUUUUCGUUCUCAAAGACCAAUAUUUUUAAGCUAUUUUCGAGCUUCUCAAGGACCCCAAGAUUCUGGUUCUUGACAAUCUUCAUUUUCUGUCUUCUGGGCAUGCUCAAACUCGGCUUAAAUCUCGAGCCUUUAUCUCCAUGUCUAACAACUCAACAACAAAACCAGCAACACCAAAUGGGUCUAAUCCCAAAUGGGGGGUUCACCAAAAAUGACAAGCUAAUGGCUGUCGUUUCGAGCGAGGAGAGAGACAGCAGGUUGUCGGAGACCAAGAUGGUGGAAGAAAACGACGAGAGAAAGAGUGAGUUUUGGAAGCAGCCGAAUGGGAUGGGAUAUAGGCCGUGUUUGGGGUUCAGCCAGGAGUAUAGAAAGGCAAGUGAAAGGAUUGUAAACGACAGGAGAAAGUACCUGAUUGUUGUCGUUAAUGGUGGGAUGAACCAGCAGAGGAAUCAGAUUGUUGAUGCCGUUGUUAUUGCCAGGAUUCUUGGUGCUGCUCUUGUCGUUCCCGUUUUGCAAGUCAACGUCAUUUGGGGAGAUGAGAGUGAGUUCUCUGAUAUAUUUGACUUGGACCACUUCAAGAGAGUUCUUGCAGAUGACGUGCGUGUGGUCUCGUCGCUGCCGUCGACGCAUAUCAUGACACGGCCUGUGGAAGAGAAGCGGACUCCGCUUCACGCCUCCCCCAAUUGGAUUCGAUCCCGCUAUCUAAAACGAAUCAACAGGGAUGGAGUUUUGCUUUUACGGGGUCUUGAUUCAAGACUCUCUACGGAUCUUCCUUCUGAUCUUCAGAAGCUUCGUUGUAAGGUUGCGUUUCAUGCAUUGAGGUUUGCCCCACCCAUAUUGGUACUCGGUAACAAGCUAGCGGAGAGGAUGCGGAGCAAAGGACCUUACCUUGCCCUGCACCUCCGAAUGGAGAAGGAUGUGUGGGUGAGGACCGGUUGUCUUCCUGGUUUAAGCCCCGAAUUUGAUGAGAUAGUGAACUACGAGAGGAAACGGCGACCUGAACUCCUAACUGCGAGAUCUAACAUGACUUACCAUGACAGAAAGCUCGCAGGUCUUUGUCCUUUGAAUGCCUUGGAAGUGACUAGACUGCUUAAAGCCCUAGGAGCUCCAAGAAAUGCAAGAAUAUACUGGGCUGGUGGGCAACCACUAGGUGGAAAUGAAGCUUUGCUACCGUUAACACGCGAAUUCCCAAACUUCUACAACAAGGAAGAUCUUGCUUUGCCCGGGGAGCUAGAACCAUUCGCUAAUCGAGCUUCGGUCAAGGCAGCUAUUGACUAUAUUGUCUCUGAGAAUAGUGAUGUGUUCAUGCCUUCUCAUGGGGGAAAUAUGGGCCAUGCCAUCCAGGGUCACAGAGCCUAUGCAGGGCACAAGAAGUACAUAACUCCAAACAAAAGACAAAUGCUUCCUCAUUUUCUAAACUCUUCUCUUCCAGAAGCAGAGUUCAAGAGGAUCAUAAAGUUUUUGCACCACGAGUCCUUAGGACAGCCGGAACACAGGACAAGCAAAACCGGAAGGGAUGUCACAAAGUAUCCUGUCCCCGAGUGCAUGUGCAACGAUUCCCACGCUCAUUCGCGCUCGUGAGUUUGUUGCCAAAGGCAUUCCAACAAUGAUACUACUACUUGGUCUGCAACAAGAAAUGCUUCCAGGAUAAUCUAUUCUAGACCAUAUUUUGUGAAUUCCAUUGGAUUGGAGCCCCAUUGAUGACGAGCGGUACCUCUUUGGGGCGAUGACUAUUCGUUGAGCGUCUGAAUUUUUUUCAUGGCCGGUUCUUGCCAUCACCCUUUCUUCGCAAGUUCACUCGGUAUUACAUGAAAUUAUUUCUUGUGAGGCAAGAUUGGAACACCAUGAAAGGACAGUAAAGUAGAUGAUAGAGUUCAUUCUUUAAUUCUUUAUAUAGAAGGAAUAAAAUUAUUACACGGUA